GAUUCUAUCAACCAUUAUAGUUUAAAUUUGUUUGAAAAAAGAUAUUUGGUUCUACUUUUCUCUUUUUGGUAUGUCCAUCGAGGAUAACUACGCAUUCAGCAGUGUGUGCAACCUAAUCUCGGCACGUAUGCGAAUUCACAAUACACUAUAACCAGCAACUUGAGGGUCUCAAACAACUCUCCUAUUUGUCCACAUGAUUUGAUAUUGAAAAGAAUUGCCAACCAAAAGUUUUGUAACUUUCUAUAUGUUUUCUCUGCUCACUUCUCUUAGACCAUUCUAGGAAUCCACUGAAUUCCAACUCAUUAACAGUUAAAAGGGAAAUUAAUCUGCAUUUUUCUUCUUUAUUGGGAUGUUACUGGGAUGUUUAACUCUUAAGAUAUAUUCUCCUCAAAUAUCUAAACCUACCUCUAGUCCUCUAUUUAUGCCUCCUAUGACAAGCUAAGCAAUUGAGUAUCAAGCCCUUGAAGAGAGCUAAACAAUGAAGUUAUUAGGAUGGAUGCACAACAAAUUUUGGCAAAGUGGAAUCGAGUCAGUCAAGGAUUUCACAAUCGCGAACCCAUGUAUGUGCCUGUCAGUACAAGCAUCAGUUGAUGAUGAAGACAUCUAUAUGAAGCCAGGUUUUGGUUCCAAAACUGUGCAGCUACAGGAUUAUGAACAAUCAUCUUUUGGAGUUGAAGCCAACAACAAUGUAAUGGAAAAAUGUGGAGACUUAUGGAAUUCAUCUGACUUCUUCCAUGGAUUUCUCACUAUUGGAACUCUGGGUUCUGAGCCUGCAACCCCGACAUUCUCCAUGGCUUUCGAAAACAUGAUUGAGUUGCCAAAUGAGGUGACAGAGGAUGACCUGAAGCUGAUAAAUUAUGAGUUAGAAAAGUUUCUUGAAGCUGAAACUAAUGAGGACAGGUGCGAUCAAUCUCCAGGGAGGACGAGUCAUGCUAGUAUUAUCACGCUUGCAGGGAAGCAUAUAGAAGAAACUGAAGAGGAAAAUGAGGGGAAGACUCUAACAUGUCCACUUCAGGGAUAUUUAUUUGGAUCUACAAUUGAACUUCCAGAUAAGAUGAUUGACACGAGGAAAGAAAAACCUUCAUCUGCAGAGCUGUUCCAAGGGACUAUGACAGCAAACGAGAAUUCUAAAGAGAAUAUUGCGAAAGAGGAGGUAUUAGUCAAGCAUUCAAAUAAAUCUGCUCUGAGUUUUUUGAAAAAGAUGCAUAAGAAACUUCGUAGUUCUUCACAUGGUUCUAGCACAAAUGACUCACGUGAUUCAUAUUCAACCAAGAAGAAACUCCAUAAGGUGCUACGUAUGUUCUGUAGAAAAGUACACCCUGAAAGCUCCACUGCUACAGACGAAUGUCAAAAGUCCCAAAAAUACAUAUUCAAUAAUGCUUCUUUUGAUGAUAAUUACAAAAUCAGACGUGUGACGAACCCAGCAGAGGACCGAAUAACUUUCUGUCAGGAAUUCAUCUCAAAAGAUGAAAUGUAUUAUUGGAGUACCGACUUUGGCCUGCCUCUGUAUGGGGUAGAGACCAAUGUUUCAAGUGCAAACAAAGGGCACUGGAUCAAGACGGAUGCAGAGUACUUGGUGUUGGAGCUUUAGGGGAAGGAGAAGAAGAUUACUGCAAAUACCAGAGUUCCUCUACAAGCAAAAGGAUAAGAUUGGUGUCUUAUAAAAUCAUCUUGAAUAAUCUUUGGGCAAGUGGCUAAUCGAUGGCGAAAUCAAUAAUGUUCAUGUUAAUUGUGUCUAAGUGUGAUAGUUAAAACUCUAUUUUGGUUUGGCCUUUGUUGUAAGUUUUUAUUCAUGAAUUGGAUUGUCUGCUAGAGUUCUUUGAAUUCCUGUCACAAUCAGUUUCCUCUGUGAAAUGCCAAGUGUUCUUUCUUUUC